ACAAAGCUCUCUGUUCAAAUGAUGUACCCAGCUUUUAUGGCAGUUCCAAACAUUGUACAGCUUGAUGUGCCUGAUGCAGUGAGGUGUUGCCUUUGCUAUGUUGCUCGAACUGUUGAAAUUCUCUUCAAUACCGUGAAGAUAGAGUGUUCAGAUCCGUGUGCUGCUAAAGACAGCUCAUGUGAUGUAAGUGAAACUUUUCUGAUGAUCAAUGGAACUGUGCUAAGAUCUCAAAUGUCCCUAAGAAAUCACAGAAUAUUGGAAUCAUUCUUUAAUCAGAAAGUUGAACCCAGUAAAAAAUUAGCCCGUGAAAAUAAAUUAUCAAGAUCUUCUAAAUUAGGUUUACUUCAUCAAAUAGAAGAAAGUGAAAAGAACAUGUAUGUUGGAAAUCAUUUAGAUCCACGUUUGGCUGAUCCCAACACAGCCAGAAGUAAACUUAGGCAAAGACCAUCCUUUGCUAGAGAUAACAGAUUUAGUUCACACCUUGGCAGAGCAAACCAUCUUCAGUGGAACAUUAAUGAAGGGAGAACUGACAGACGUAGUUCUUUGAAUGCAUUCAAUUCUGAUAAUAUUCCACUGCAUCAGCUAAACCAUCGACCACCAGAACAUCUUAGUCGUGGGCCUCCUCUGACCACAAGUGCUUCGAAGUUUGAUAAAAAUGCAAAGCACAAAAGGCACAAGGUUAUAAAGAGAGUUAGGCGGGGCCAACUCGAAGAUCAAAUAGACAGUAUCAAGCAGGAAGUGAAGUCAACUACAAUUUUUACAUUCAAAGAAACAACUACAGAUAAAUCAAAAACAACAUUUGAGAUUGAUGACCUUCACCCAGAUAUUGUGAAACUGAAUAUUUCCACUCAAAGACCUGAAAAUCCACACACUGUAGUGAAACCCCCAGAAGAGAUCAUUUCUAUAUUUGAAAUACCCAGUAGUUCUCCAGAAAGUGACAUGCUAACUCAAGCCAUUGUGGAAGUAGGAAAUAGAUCAGAUGAUAGUUAUUCAAAAAAAACCAAGGUUGAGCAAAACCCACUGCUAAGGAAAGCACUUGAUCCUGGACAUUUCAGUAGGACUAUGCAGGAAGCUGAGGUUAUCGAUGUGGGUAAUAAUGAAGCAUAUAAAGUUAAUGUUUCAGAUGGGUCUUGGCACAAACCACUAGGUCAGUUCCUGGAUAAAGCUGUGCAGAAUGAAGUCGAGCAAAAUUCUGCAACACAACCCAACGCUAAGCUCACUCAACUUGAAAUUAUUAAACUACUAGAGGAUGCAUACAAGAAAUCUACCGAACAGACCAAUUACACUGAAGAGACCAGUACGACCAGGGUUUCAGAACACCGGACAACCACUCCAGCUGUGGAGAAAGUGGAAGACGAUAAAGAAGAAGCAGGGGGAAAAGAAACAGAUGUAUUCCCUCCACCAAUAACACGACCACGACCGCGACCGCAUCCGCAUCCACAUCCGCACAAAGGACAUGAAACAGGAACGUAUGUACCGAAUUAUGCUGAAAUGCUUAAUACGGAACCGCCAAAGAAGCAGAUGAGUUUAUCAGCAGUGGAAUAUGGGCACAAGCUCCUUCUGGCUAUCGCAGUUACUGUUGUAGUGAUGAUUAUUAUUGCAGUGGUUUGUCUAAUAGAGAUUUGCUCUCAAAGGUCAGAAUCAAAGACACCUAACGCUUCAGGAGAAGCUGGUUGUAAAAAGCCAUACAAGAGCCCUCUGAAGAAAAUGACAGAGCGAAUAACUGGGAAGAGUUCAACUAAAGAUGCACAGAAGGCACCCCUGUUGGAUGAGGAUAUAGAGCUUCCAAAACCACUUUGGCUUCAAGAUUUGUAUCAGCCUCUGGAUUCAGUUCGUAAGAAAUCAAUGGGUCAUGGAUCACAUUAUAAAGAUUCCUCAGAAGAAGAGGAAGUAUUUAGCAGAGCAAAUGUGAGUGGACGCUCUGAUGCCAGGAAUCCAUAAGGACCCCUAAGAAAAGUCAACACAUUCGCUUCACAAGGAGCAUCCCGCAAGGAGCCAAAUACUUUGUUUGA